AUGAGAAGCCCCUCGGAGAAUAUCAUCUUGACCUUGACUAUGGCGGUCAUCACUGAAUUACUCAACAAUCCCUAUGUCAUACAGGGUGUGUGCAUUGCCCUAGUGGCGGUGUUCAUAACAAGUGUCUGGGCAGAUAUAGCAAACGACAUUCCCCAUAGGCGCAUUCCUUUGGUUGGAAAGACCUGGUGGGACCUCACCAACAAAAAGGCCCGGCUACGCUUCACCCAGUCAUCUCGUCAACUAAUUGCCGAAGGCUUUGCCAAGGGAGCCAAUGUCUUUCAGAUCAUUGGAGCCACGAGCCCGAUGGUUGUAUUGCACCCGAAGUUUGUCGAUGAAAUCAAGAACAACCCAGAUCUAAGUUUUAAAGACUCUAUCAAAGAUACCUUUUUUAACGAUCGGAUUCCUGGAUUUGAACCAUUUCAUAAUGGCACUGCUUUAAAGGUUACCAUCGAGGUUGUGCGGACCAGUUUGACCCAGGCACUCGGGUCAAUUUCACUUCGGCUCUCAAAGGAGGCUGGUAUGACCUUGAAAAAAUCAUUGCCCGCUACUGAUGAAUGGAAGCCCUACCAUAUCGCCUUUAAGAUCCCGCAUAUGGUAGCCCACGUCUCUUCUCUGAUAUUUGUUGGAGAGACCAUCUCCCACGAUGAUGAGUGGAUCGAUGUUUCCGUGAAUUAUGCUAUAGAUGCGUUUGGGGCUAUGCGUGCUCUACGAGAAUGGCCAUCCGUUCUCCGUCCUAUCGUGCACUGGUUCUUGCCCGCCACCCGAAAGCUACGCAUGCACUUGAAGAAGGCUCGUUCCAUUAUUAGCCAUGAGAUAGACAGGCGGGCGUUAAUUCGCGCGGGCAAGCUCCCUGAAGACGAUCCACUCCGUGGAGCUGACGCUCUGGACUGGUAUCGCGAGACCGCCGAAGCCCGGAAUAAUUUGACCUUUGACCAGUCUUGUGCUCAGGUUGGAUUAGCGCUCGCGGCCAUCCAUACCACGUCGAACUUGCUGACCAACGUCCUGUAUGAUCUUGCGGCGUAUCCGGAGUACAUGCAGCCGUUGCGUGAUGAGAUUCGUGCAGUUGCUGCCGAGGAUGGAACUCUGAAGAAGACUAGUUUGCUUAAGCUAAAGCUGUUGGACAGUGUGAUGAAGGAAACGCAGCGCACUCACCCACUUUCAUUGACCUCCAUGAACCGUCUCGCCCUUAAGCGAGUUGUGCUCUCCGAUGGAACUGUGAUUCCCAAAGGUGCCAACUUGUUCGUCUCUACGAAAACACUGGAAGAUGACAGCAUCUACCCUAAUGCUGCCACUUAUGAUGGUUACCGGUUUUACAAUAAACGCCAGCAGCCCGGGAACGAACACAAACAUCAGUUUGUCGCAACUUCACCCGAGCACUUCGUCUUCGGUCAUGGUGUCCACGCCUGCCCGGGCCGAUUCUUCGCUGCGAAUGAAACCAAGAUUUUGCUCCUUCAUUUCAUCCUGAAGUAUGAUUGGAAAGUGGAGAGCGGUGUUCGACCUCCGAACAUUGAAAAUGGUGUCGAGUCUAUCCCUGACCCAAGGGUUCAGAUUCUGUUCCGGUCGCGCAAGCCAGAGGUUGACCUAGGUUUCCUAGGAGAGUAG